GCACCAUGUGACCGUUCAGUAGGCAGAGAAUUGGCCAAUAGUCGUUUGUGAAACUCGCCAAACCAAAACAGUGGAGCAAACUCAACUUCGACUUCAAGCUGUUCGGUUCAUCCAGGAAUGGGGCGAAUCACAUCUAUGGUAAAAUCAUGGAGUCAACAACAUGUUGGAGGUCAGAGUAGUCCCCCAAUUUCAGCGGAUCUAUUUUCCUCACAUACCUGGUCUGUACGGAUCUAAUCGUGGGCAAUCCUGCUCGAGAUCUCGCAAAGUGGAUCCAUGACAUCGCGACCUGCGACUUCCCACAAUCAACAACUAGGCCAUCAGCGGCCAGCAACUUUGAGGACGUACGAGGAUCACAUGCACUACACGCCUUGGUUGUUCCUUCUCCACGAGAAAGCACAAUGGCGCCCUUCGAUUACGCAGCGAUGGCCGUCAAUGUGGGCAUUGAAACCAUCUUCCCAGAUGCGCAAGCCGCAAAGUCACUCGUUAUCACAAUAUUUAUUUAUUCCUUACCUCGUGUCAAUCAUUACAACAUUCUUAUCACCCCAGAUAUCAUCGACAACAUCUCCAUCAUUUUCGUGUUGGCGAGAUACACCAUGCGACGCCCGAACAACAGCAUCCUUUGCCGGCCCCUGGGAUGCAUACAACUACUCUCCAUCAUCACGCACCGUAUCACCAAUCAGCAUAUUUACCGAAGAUUUCACAUUACUGAGCUUUCAUCCGACGAUAGCAAACCUAUCCUCUAAUGUUUUGAUCUACGAUUUUGGAAAGGAGGUUGGUGGCAUCGUGACUGUUCAGUACAAGGCAGUUGGUUCUGGAGAAUUGGGCUUGGCGUUCUCUGAGGCGAGGAAUUGGACGGGCAGGGCAUCCGAUGGGUCCAAUGGACGAUAUGUUCCGAGAGCAGAUGGAGCACUAUUUACACCUAUUUCGACUACGACCAAUGGGACAUACACUAUGCCAGACGCCAGCAUGAGAGGUGGAUUUCGAUACCUGUCAAUCUUCACCCAAACGGAUCACAUGAUCAGUAUCGAAGUCACAAAAGUCUCGCUGGAGCUCUCAUUCCAGCCAACUUGGUCUAAUCUAAGAGCUUAUAGUGGGUAUUUUCAUUCUAGUGACGAUUUGUUAAAUCGUAUCUGGUAUGCUGGGGCGUAUACACUGCAGACGAGUGCGAUUCCACCCAACACUGGCAGGGUGUACCCAUUGAUUGGCCAGGGAUGGAGAAAUGAUGCUUGGCUGGGAACAAAAGGGCAUUCUAUUCUAGUCGACGGAAGCAAGCGAGAUCGAGCUACAUGGGCAGGAGACUUGGGUAUUGCCUUGCCAAGCGCGUUUGUCAGCACUGGGGAUUUCGAAAGUGCACGCAAUGCAUUGCAAUUGCAAUAUGACCUUCAGUCCAGGGAAGGUCAGCUUCCAAUGGCUGGACCUCCCCUCAACUUCUACGGGUCCGAUACAUAUCAUAUGUCUUCCCUUAUCGGCACAUAUGAGUAUCUCCUGUACAGUGGCGACUUGGACUUCCUCACCACCAACUGGAACAAGAUCAAACGUGCAAUAAAUUUUGUGGAGAGAAAGCUAGACGAAAGAUCCGGGCUUCUUUAUGUCACGGGAGUCAAUGACUGGGGACGAUCCUCUCAAGGCGGGUUCAAUACGGCAGCAAAUGCAUUGAUGUUCAGGACAUUGAUUACUGGAAGUCUGAUGGCUGCUUGGGCUCAAGAUGAGAUCUCAUCACGAUGGGAGCUGCAAGCCUAUGUUCUGAAAGCCGCCAUGAACUCUGCUGUAUACAACUGGGAUCCAAAUGUGGGAGCUUUUAAAGACAGCAACGUCGACUCAUCAAUCUAUCCAGAAGACGGAAAUAGUCUUGCCCUUUACUAUGGAAUGGCAUCUUCCGUCCACCAGAAGAGCAUUAGCGACAGACUAAUCACCAAUUGGGGACCGAUUGGAGCAAAAUGUCCCGAAUUGAAAUACAACAUCGUUCCUUUUAUCGAGAGCAUGGAGAUCAAAGGUCAUUUCGCCAUUGGACGUACAAACCGAGCGUUGGAACUCAUUCGCCGUAGCUGGGGCUGGUACCUCAACAACCCUUACGGCACAGAAAGCACUUUCAUCGAAGGGUACCUGGAGGAUGGAUCGUUUGGCUACCGAGCAUUUUCUGGAUACGAGAAAGACUAUUCGUAUACUUCUCAUGCACAUGGUUGGAGUACAGGACCGACUCACGCGCUUACGAAUUACGUUCUUGGACUUCAGCUCAUCUCCCCUGGCGGUGCGGACUGGAUCCUCGCCCCUCAAUUUGGUAAUCUGACGUUCGUUGAGGGAGGCUUUACUACGCCACUUGGAAAGUUCUCUGCCAAAUGGACUUUGAUACCCGGAGGAUACGAGCUCUCGUAUGAUGUUCCUAUUGGAACGAAUGGAACGCUUGUACUGCCCGCACUCAAGACUGGCAGGUCAACAGUCACUUCGGAUGGGAAGCAGUUGGAUGUUGAUGAUUACGAUGCAUCUACUGGCCAUGCUACGAUAUCUGGGGUGCCAGGAGGAAACACAGCGAUCACCGUAUGGUACUAGAUAGCGUUGGAUAUUUUCUUUUCGUCCUGCAUGAGCGAUAUGUAAGAAAGAAUCGAUAGAAUAGAGAGGAAGCGUGAAAUAGAAAGCUUUCACGUGAUUUGACACAUUUGAAGCAUCGG